GCUACCGGCAGCAUGGGGACUGAUAACACAACUAUAGACGGUUCAUCUGGACUGGAAUCGGCUCUCAAACACAUUCACACAUUCUCUCUGGUCAUCUAUUGUGUGAUUAUAGUGGUUGGGACAGUGGGUAAUGGUCUGGUCAUCUACGUGACCGGCUUCAAGAUGAAGAAAACAGUCAACUCUGUGUGGUUUCUCAACUUGGCUCUGGCUGACUUCCUCUUCACAGCAUUCCUGGUGUUUACAGCAGUGUCUCUCUCUCGGCAGCACCACUGGCCCUUUGGAGAAUUUAUGUGCAAACUCAACAGCUUUGUGAGCUUGGUCAACAUGUUUGCCAGUGUCUUUUUUCUGAUGGCCAUAAAUCUGGAUAGAUGCCUGUCCACAUGGGUGGUGGAAUGGGCACAAAACGAGCGCACCGUCCUUAAGGCUCAAAUCAUCAGUGCUGUAAUCUGGUUUGCUGCAGGGAUCUGUAGCACACCUUAUGCCAGCUUUCGCAUUGUGACCAACCAGAAGAAUGUCACCCAGUGCAGAUACAAAGAUAACAUCCAACUUAAAUGGACUCUGUGCACUUUCCGCUUUGUUGUGGGCUUCCUCAUCCCAUUCUUGGCAAUAUUUUUCUCUUACGUGGCAAUAGGAAUACGUUCCAAGCGUCUGCAAAAUGUGAGGAAGCACUUAUCUCACGUAAUUGUUUUCAUCAUCGUUGCAUUCUUCAUCUGCUGGUUGCCAUUUCAUGUUAUGAGUUUUAUAGAAUUAGCUUCCAACAAUAACCUUAAGAAGAUUGUUGAGAUUGGAGGUCCUUUGACUCUGAGUCUAGCUUUCAUGAACAGCUGCCUGAACCCCAUCCUCUACGUUUUCAUCCGAGAUGACUUCCAAAAUCAGCUUCAUCAGUCUGUGUGCUUUGUUGUAGAAAAUGCUCUGGCGGAGGACUUUUUGCCAUCUGUAUCCUCUCGUUUCUUGUCACCACAGUUGCCACGGGCUGAUAGAAAAUCACAUACCUCUGUUCCUGUCUAAGAGAAAUAUGUAGAAAUUUAACUACAUAUCUAGAAUGUAUUGCAAUGUAUGUAUAGAGAAAACAUGCAUGUGAAUUCUUUUUACUUCAUUUAGUUUUUUAUGUUUUUCCAACUGCAGGUGACUUUAUUGUGUGUGAUUUCCUUAAACGUUAAGUCUUUAAAAAAAUAUUAGUAACGUGUCGCGAUUUAUAGUCUAAGUUGACAAUCUGUGCACCACAUUAGCUUAGACUAUUUUAAAGUAAACAAUUGAAGGCUCUCUCCAUUGAUCUGUAUG